ACUUGAUAGUGAUUUUGAUUGCAAUUUCUCGAUAUUCGUUUCAAUAAUUCAAACCAAUUGCAGCGUAGUUUGUAAAAACUCAUGUUCUUACUAUCCAAAUUUGGAGAUAUAUAUAUUCAGUUGAAAACUGCCCGCUGCCGCUUAAAUUUAACGACGCUGGCGUCAACAUCGCUUAGGUCUGGAAAGUUGGAGUUAUCAGAUUAAUUUUCAAAAAUGGAUCAAAGCACCGUCGAGGAUGAAGAAUAUUCAGACUGUUCAAGGGACUCGUCAUCUUCGGAAUUGACAACAACUUCAGGUUCCAGCGCAUCUGUUCAAGAGACUUCCAGGAAGCAGUUCGAAUCGACGAAAAUUACAACAGAAAUCAUCAACCUUCCUAAAGAGCUCUGUGAGGACAAAACUGUGUUUAAGGAAUUUUUCUCUCUAGAUACAUGGCAUAGUUUGUCAGAUCCGAUACGUAAGCAUUUGGGGUUAUUUUUACCCAUGUUCACCGACAACAUUGAGUUCGAAAAGAACAGUACUAUAGAAUCUCUGUUUAGUAAUCGAAUAACACGAUUCGGGUCAUGCCCGCUUGAAAGACUCCAACAGAGUUUGGAGGAAGGUAACUGCAGACCUGAGAUAUCAACAUUGAAUAAGAGCAUUGCUAAAGCGGAGCGAAGAGAACAGCGUUUCCAAGAAUCAGAAAGACUAACAGAACUAGCCCGAAAGGUGUCAGUUUCUCGUGAAAGAACUCUUCGGAAGGUCUGUCAAAACACACAGCCGAAUGAGUUGUCAUCAAGUCAGUAUGUGUACGCCGCUAAAUCGCCUCUAUUUUCGUCGGCAAAUGCUUUGAGAGCAAAGAAAAGAUACCUUCAAGAAAUUAGUUCCAUCGCAGAACAGUUGAGCCUUCCCGACAUUCUAUCAGACGAUGAAAAAUGUUCCGACGCUGUGUUAAACUACAUUCCCCGGAAGCAGCGACGACUUUUUGGCACUGUACAGGGAGGUGCAGCUAGUCCCGGCGCAGAUGUACGAAUUGUGAACACACUAGGCUUCAAGGAUGAACAAACAACGACUGGAUACCUAGUUGGACCGAAUGGAAAAAUUUCAAUAGCGGAGAGUCACUACCGAGAUCUUCUUGUCCAUCAUAAGCGCCGUAAGUUUGAAGAACCGGAUCAUCCGGAUCUGGAUUGUCAGGAAAUAAAAUUAAAGGAUGUUGUUGUUCGAACGCAAGCUUCAUCAGGAUACCGCCGUAUAAUGCCAUUGCCAAAAGUAAAUGUAGCUGAAGAAACGCUGGCCGCGGCUGAAGAGAAGAUAAAUCUGAGCAAAUGUCAGGGUAAUAAUACAACAUCUACUCCAUCGUACCCUGAGAGCUGCUCAUUGGGUGAUUUAAAGAUAUCAACAACGAAAUCAUCAGUGCACGAUAUGAUGAAGAGCGCUGAUAAGAACGUGCUCGAUGUGUGCAACUCAGACGAGUCGAUAUCCUUAAAUCAUACUGCAGAUUCGUCUCGAGCAGCCAGUGAACCAGAAGUGUACAUUAAAACCAUUCGCCUUGAUUCAGACAGAGAAAUUGAAAACUGUAGUACGGAAAUCAAAGAACUAGGCGUUUCUGAUGUCGGUGAAAAUAAUACUUCUGCGCAUUCGGUAGCCUUGAUGGAUGAAUAUACGGAUAGUAACGCGGAUGUUUCAUCGGAAAUGAUCGAUUCUUUUAGGCCAAUCAAAGAAUCCCAAAUUCCGGAUAAGAUUGAAAUUGAAACAGACGACCCAGUCGGGCGAUCAACUCCGAAUAUAGAAAACAUUCAGAUAUCAUGUACACAAGAAGAUAACAACUCUCUACUGUUGGUGAAAGCUCAAGACGAAGAUCAUGCAACAACUAACGUUGACGAACAGGAGCAGGACAAUGCUUCAGGACAAUCCACAUUACACAGCUUUGAAAAAUCGUCUUAUGAAAAAUCCAUGCCAGAAUUAAUGCAGGCAACCCACAAAUGUUUUUUGUCUCUCUUACGUGACAUGUUCUGCUCUACUCCCGAUCAUCGUUUGACUAUUGAUGACUUGCAGAUAAAGCUUAACGUUUGGCUUAAAACGCCUAUUGCAGCACUGAACGAUUGGUAUUUACAGGCUGACGACAAGUGGGACGAUAUGCUCCAAUCUGCAAUUCUCUUUCUUUCGGGUGAAUUUUCAGAUCAACCGGAUGACUUUGUCCCAUACAUCGAGCAUAAGGUUCAGUUGAACAUAUACCAAUGGAUAGGAGCCUCCAGGGAUUCAGAUCACCGUCUUUUGGAUCUCUGUCAGUAUUGGCUUCGUCGGAGGCAUGAGAUGGGUAUUAGAAUACAAUCAAAACCAAUAAAAACUGCAAAUUCCAAGCAAAAGUACGCUUCAUCAAACAGUAGCACCACUGUAGAAGAUGACGAUGGUUCAUCCGAAAGAACAAUGUCGCCACCCCCACCACGGUACCCUACCGAUUGGUCUGUAAGGAAGGCAACUGAUGAAGAAGUCCAAUUAUUUCGGGAGCAGGAAAGAAAUCGUUAUGAAAAUCCACAUAUGGCGUUUACGUACAAGCAACAUUCUUAUAACAGUGUUGUCGGCCCCGUUAAAGGUAUUUACACACAAGUCCCUGGAAUAUCGAAAGCUCGAGGUCAUAACAUGCUGGUUGCGGAUAGACCAAAUUUCGUUACGAUUCUGACAUUAGUUCGCGACGCAACCGCUAGACUUCCUAACGGUGAAGGAACGAGAGCCGAUAUAUGUGAGUUACUAAAAUCUUCACAGUACAUAUCCCCAACGGCAACAGAUCAAGUGUUGCAAACCAUUGUAAGUGGAGCUCUCGAUCGUAUGCACACGGAGCAUGAUCCAUGCGUGAAAUAUGACACCAAGCGAAAAAUUUGGAUAUAUUUACACCGUAGUCGUACUGAGGAGGAAUUUGAAAGACUUCACCAUCAAUAUCAAGGCGUUGCCAAGCACAAGAAACCAGUAUAUAGAAAGAGUAAACCAAAGGAAGCAACAGGAGCCACACCUAGGAAGGCAGUUUCUGAGCCUCUUAUGAAGAGUAAUUCACAAUCAUCGCUGGAAAAUGACAGUCUUCAUAGUGAACCGACACCUGAGAUUGGUAGUAUGUCGACAAAUAUGAUUGAAUCUCCUAUCUCGGUGACUACACCGUCAAUACUGGUUAAGUCCAAUGUAACUACGAUUGUUGCAAGCGAUAAAACACCUAAUAGCAGUUCACUACCAUCUCUGAUAUUAUCGCAAAAGGUGGCCGUACCACAAAACACAUCGAAAGAAAAUAAUCCAGUGAUGCAACAUACACAGCCAUCGGAAGAAUCAUCCUCUAGGAUUGAACUCAAGGAAAAAGAUUCUUCUAAAUUUACUGUUUGUACUAGUUCACCCAUCGUGUCGCAAAUCAACAAGGAAACUGUACCAAUUAGAAUGAAUUCAAUGUGCAAGAUUCAAGCUGUCCAAUUGUCGAAUACACAACCACAUGCUAUUGUUAGAGCGACCAAGCCGAUACAAGCUUCAGACACCAAUCCGGAUAUUGCUACUACGAAGUCUAUAUUGGCAAAACAAAUUAUCACAACAACAGUCCCUGCAAAGCCUCUAGUGAUAAGUUCAACACCCAGCACGGUAGCAAGCUUUUGCAACAUUUCCGGUGGAAUCCCGGUGCAGGUGUCAAUGGCCGGAUCAGUAGGCGAUGGAGAUCGUAUUGCGCAUAGUUUUAUUGUACCGGUAACUCUCAGUGCGGAAAGCGGAGGUGCGCGUGCAAGAUUGGUACCGUCAACUAGUCAAAUAAGCAUUUCGAAACCGAAUCGAGUGCAAAGUGUUCAACAACCAACACCCGUUACGGUGAAGGCUACUUCGUUGCUUCAAACGAAGCAUUCAAUGUCUCUGCUGUCGCAGUUACCUUCAACAGGAAAGUGCGUGGUUCAGCCGGAAUCAUACGUUGUAGCUACAAACAGGCAACAAAAAGUUGCGUGUGUCAGUUCCAGUAGCAGCAAUACCUUGACAACAUCACCUGCGGCAGUUUUGCUCAAAACGGAUGGUGGAACACAGUCUUCGGGAGUCGACAUCAUCAACACAAUAACAAUGCCUAAGGGACAACAGUCUGUUUUGACUCCCGCACAGCAGAAGCAAAUUUUGCAAAAUUUACUUGCCCAGCAAAACAAACAGGUUUUUACAUCUAAAUCAGUAAUUAUAGGCCAAUCUAUAACAUCAAAUGCGAAUACAACAUGUUUUGUAAAUUCUUCUAAUGUAACAACAAAUGCACAGGGCAUACAUCAUGUCAAAGGGGCAAGACAAUUGCAAAAAAUCCCUGCUCUUACUCUUUCGUCAUCUAAUACCAGAGGUACUUCGACAGUGUUUCAAACCAUUGGGUCGAAUGUCGGUAAUCCUCACGUAAUACAGAUUAAAUCAGCAAGUAAUAUGCUCAGUAGUACAAGUGGCGCUAAAAUCCGACCAAUUAUCACAACUCUCAAGGAGCAUUCCCAGGCCAAACAACUGCAACAAUCCUUAAUUGCUAAAUCUGCAAAUUUACAACUGAAAAAUGAUGUCCAAGAAAUAAAUGUAGUCAAAACAUCAUCCAAUGUAAACGUUCUAUCAGAGAUGUCAAAGUCUGCAUCCACUAUGGUACAAUCGGCAGUUUCUGGAGCGUCAGUUACACACAUGAUGAAAUCUGCUGCAUCCAUAGUGCAUCCAUCACCUAACGUGAUACGUACGGUGAACGUUACUCAGGGUGCUCCUCAUGUCAUGGCUAAAGUCGUGAAAGGUGUGGGUGAAAAUCAAUAUGUGUCACUAGACAGUUUGUUACCUAGACAGCAAAUAGGAGAUGCAGCUAUAAGGUUGACAGAGCCUAAAACAAUGAAGACCCAAUUGAUUCACUUAUCAAGUAGCGGCCCUGCUGGAUCACCAAUCGCUCAAUAUGCAGUUGUUCCUCAGAACCGUAACAUAAUUUCAGUUGCUCAAUCGUCCGGACAUUGUACUACGCCAACGAUAAUAACAACCACUGCAAGCAGAUUCACAGAUCCUAAGACAACCCAAAUACUUGCCACAAGUCACAACACGGUAACAAGUGUAAGUCAUACACCUGUAACAUCCAUUGCGCAUCGAAAUGGCGCGGAAACUGGUACUAAUUUAAUACAGUCUGUUCAAUCGGCACAAGGCCAGCUGCAACAACAAAACGUUCCUCAAGUUGUCACGAAAUUAUCCGGUACAACAAAGAUGCUGUCCGCGAAGGUUCGGAAUGGAACCAGUUUUAUCAACUCGUCCUCGAUAAAUUUUGCGACUAUUGGUGGAAAUCCGUUGAUAAUAGCCAGCAAACCAGCGAUCAGGUCAGAAACCAUUCAGCACAAUAGUACAAGCUCCGUGUUUCAAAGUUCACCCGUUUCUACUGAAUCUGCCAACAUCGUAUACGGUAGACAAGCAGUCAAGGUUCAAGGCAACAUCGUUUCACAGGGUCACGUGAACAUAGUUAGUGCCCAACAAGGCAGCAACACAACGCCGCAAAAACUAUUGUUGAGUAAUCAAUUAGUAAAAGUACGAACAGUUCCCCGCCAACCACAUCAAAUGCAAAUUUCAUUUGCACAGCAACCUGGAGUAAGCACAGGAUUGGGUACAAGUACUGGAAUCAGUGUAGUCAAAACUCAAGGCAUCACCAUAGAUCAACAAGAAAAAUCUUUGCUUACUAAUGUCUCACCAAAGCCAACAAUGCUAGCAACACCCGUAAAGGCAACUCAAAAAGUUGGUAUCCGUUUGAAUCAACCGACACAGCGGGUAGUUUUGGCUACACAAGGAGGUCAGCUAGUUACGCAACAAAUAAUUGUUCCGCAAGGAUUUCAAGGAGGAGCUUUCAAUAUAAAACGGUUGAAAGUUAUACCUGUGAAUAGUCAACAAAAAGGAUCAAUAUUACGGCCACAAGUUGUAACAACGCAACAGAAACCUGCGUCAUCCUCGAUCAAUACUGCUACGACGUUAGCCGUGAGUGAUGCUUCUAUUGAAGGUAAUAAUAAAUUUUACCAUGUUUUCAAUAGCAGUGGAAGCGGUAGUAGUAAUCUUAACGACAGUGUUGAGUUAAAUAUGGAUCCAAACAUGAAAUAAGGAUAUUUUUAAAGUUUGUGUGAAACUAUCAUACUUGUCGAAGUGUAUAUUGUAUAUUAUUUAUUGAUAACUGUGUAGGUUGCUUGUCAAAGUUUUAUAUUAUUAAUAAGUUGUAAAUAAUAAAACUUUAAUGGAUGAAUAAAGUCAUUUGAUG